GAUGGUCGAUGGCUGUGCGAGGCUGUACCGUGCUGAACGGAUUUUAAGCAUACUUGGUUGUGUGAUAUAAUAAAUCAUUAUUUAGAUUUGAAAUGGAUACGUUAGAAGAUAUGACUGGUUCUCGUGAAGAACAACUGAGAGAGCUGAAAAGUUUCACCGACGUAGUCAAUAAACAAAUUGCUGAUAUCGUUGGCUCCUUAGGUUGGACAGUGGAGAGUGUGACAAAUGUGGACAAGGAGUACAUCACAUGUCCAUAUAACCCCUCACACCGGUUAAUGGAAAAAUCUCUCAAUGACCAUCUUACCUCUUGUCAAUGGAAAACUGCAGGUUAUAGGGAAACAGAUUUACCAUUGUCUAUGCAAACGUUGCCGGUAGAUUCACCAUUUUCUGUAAAAUUUGACAAACAACUACAAAAUAAAAUUCUAAAGGAGGCCAAAGAACAGGACCCAACAAUGCAAAUCGGUACGGGUGAGCGGUUAAUACCGCAUACGUCUGAUAGACUUCUGUCAGAUUUCACCAGAGACGAAAGAAGAGUACUUUAUGACUAUGUCGUCGCUAAUACUGCAAAACCAGAUAUCGGACAGGAUAUUACGGACAUUAACAAUCUGAAACCACAAGAGAAGGAAGACAAGGAAAUGACAUUCUUAGAAGUGUUGGUACAAGAACGUAACUUAAAGAGGCGUAGAGCUAAACAUAAAGGUGUUCAUACAAAUAAAAAGUCUCACGUCGAAAUACUCAGAGAAGUGAUAAAUCAGCAAAUGGAGAUAUACACAGAAUAUAUUUCCGGACAAACUAAUCCUCAAGAUACAACGGACAUGCAGAAUAUUAAAAUGGAUGACUCGAAUUAUGAAACGACACAAGAUAGAACAGAUUACUUGUAUAAAGUGUUUCAUGAUUCACCGCAAAAUCAUGGUGAUCCUAGUUCGAGCGAGAGAAACGGACACCGCUAUAGCAGAAGAGAUGAUUCAAAAAGAGAGCGUUCGGAGAGAAAAGAUCAUCAUCGAUCAAGGGAUCGAGACAGGCACGAAAAAUAUGCAGAUGAAUACAGUGAAACGUACAGGAAAUACAGACACCAUGAACAUAAAGAGUCAUCCCAUUGGAAAGAUCGAAAAUCACAUAAAAAGGAUAAGCAUCGGAGCAAAGAUAGGCACAAAGACAAAGACAGCAAAAAGAAACAUAAAUCUCGAGAUCGUGAGAGAUCAGCCGAGAGACAUUAUACGAAACACAGUGAUUAUAAGCGACAUGAGAAGAAUAAAAAAUAUUGAUCACACAAGGAUCGCAUACAAUACAUAUGUUUUCUCCACACACAGACUCGUAAAUCAAGUGCAAAUAAAAUAUCAAUGCUCUAGAAUUUAUUUAAAGAGUUAAUG